AUGCACUUGACACGAGUGCUUCAGUAUUUUAAAAAGAGACCCAAGUGGCCAGGAUUAGUCAGAGCAGGCAAAAAAAGACUUUUACCAGUAGUAUCCCCAACACAGAAAGCUAAUGCUAUCAGAGCCUUCAUUAGAGAAGAAACUAAUGUAAAAAUUCUACAGAAUCCUUAUUUAACAAUGGAGGAGGAACAUGGUUACAUGAAAGAAUUAGGAAAACCCCAUGAGAAGUUUCAAAAAAUGAUGGAGGAAAAGAAACAAAAGAAAUGGCCAAAGGAUGUUUCAAUGAAAGACUAUUUAGAACAUUUAAAUGUGACAAAGAGCUGGGAGUGAUAAUCUUUUAUAUUGUAUUUAGUGUGUACAGUAUUUGAUUUUUAUGAAUACUGUAUAAAUUUGUAAAUUAAAGAUGUAACUGUAAA